AGCCCAUUCUAGCUCAAAAGCCUAGCCCACGGGUCAGAGCGAGACAGUGAUACAGGUGCGAUGUGGGGCGGAAAGGGCUAUGGAGGGAAGGGCUAUGGCAAAGGCUAUGAUAUGAUGUGGAAUCCCAUGAUGAACCCUAUGAUGAUGCAGAUGAUGAUGGGCCCGUAUGGCAAAGGUGUCGGCAAGACCGGCCUUAUCACAUUUCCAAACGAGAAGAAAGUGUUUAUUGGUGGCCUUCCACUUACAACAGCUCCAGAUAUUGAGCUGAACAAGCGCCUGAAAGAGCAUAUGAACAAAGCUGGGGGCUGCCUCUUCGCGGAAGUGGGAAGAAGCGCCAAGGGUGGAGCUGCCUUCAAGACAAGAGAAGAAGUGCAGAAAGCAUGUGAACUCCUCAACGGUUCCGAGUUUGAGGGACGCGUGCUGCAGGUUGAGACCUGGGGGAAGAAGCCUCAGGCCUGAAAAGCACAAGACCGAUGUAGCGGCAAUGUAGCAGUUCUGUCUCCAAACCAGUGCAGAACUCUCAGACAAUGUCACAAUGUCU